AUGCUUGACACUUUGCAGAUGGCCAGCCAGGCCGUUUUGGCCUCAGCUGCGAAGGUUGAGAACCCCGCUAUGCCCCCAGAUGUCACAGAAAGGGGACCAGCACUUCUCAACACGAUCGUGAGCUUCCCAGCAUUCAGCAAGGAUCGGACGAUCCGCGAACAGGUCGACGGUCUCGACCGGGUAGCGCAGGAGUACGAGCGGGGGCCACCGCCUGGUGGUGACACGGGAGGUCCGAUGGAUGUUGAUCGUGUUUCAAAGGGGAAGGGCAAACAUGAGAAGGGCGCCGGGAAGGGAAAGGAUCGAAAAGGAAAAGUGGAUUGGCAGCAUGAAAGGCAACAGAAUCCCAAAGGAAAGCCGGGUGGAAAGGGCCGCGAUGGAGGAAAGAAGGGCAAGGGAGGCAAUCAACAUCCCAAUCAGGCAAAGGCGGGGCAGCAGAAAGAAACUCGUUCGUGCCACAUUUGCAAGAAGCCAGGACAUCUUGCGAAAGACUGUUGGCAGGCGAAGGGCGGAAAGGGCCGGGGCAAGCAUGUGAAUCAGGCUGCCGACACUGCCAGUGCACAGCAUGACACAGUUUCAAGCGGUGCCAGCAAUGUUGGAGCCUCAUCGAGCGUUUCUGGCGCUGUGAGGCAAGUGCAAGUUUUCGAGCUUGGAGGCGAGCCGUGUGACGUCGCCAGCUGGUUCGCAGGAGGACAUGUGCGUGCUGUGACAUGUGCCGAUGCAAGCUUGAAGCCCCGGACGAUCCAGUGCCCCACAGGUGUAGAGACCUUAGCAAGCCCGAGCGUUGCCUGUGUAGAUGUUGAGUGCUUGAGCAGCCCUGGAUUCGAGUGCGUUGCAGCCCUCAGCAUAGUGCUGAGCAAGCUUGAAGCCCGGGACGAUCCAGUCCCCACAGGCCUGAAAGGUGAGUCCCAGAGCCCCAGUUCCCUGGCACUUGUGUUGGUUCCGAGCAUCCGAACUUGUCCGAACACGGAGGGAGCUGACAUGAGCUGCCUUCCACUGUCCUAUGGCAAGUAUGGGACCAGCCAAGGUGCAGCCAGCUUGGGUUUGCGUGAUGCACAGGGCGAGUCGUUGGCGGUGCAAGAUUUCAGAGAGGUUUCGUUUGUUGUGCAUGACGAAACGGGCGAGCCUGUCAUCUGGAAAGAAGUGUGUGCCAUUGCUCCCGUGACUCAGCCCUUGUUGUGCAAAGGCAAGCUCACGCGUUCAGGUUGGUGGCCGCAACGGGAUCCCUACAUGUGCAUGGAGCAUGACAGUGGAGUGAGAGUCCCAAUGAGCUUCCGAAGGUUCGUGCAAGCUCAGGUGGAUGCCAGCAGGUCAGAGGCAACAUAUGGGUGGCAAAUGACCGAGCAAGGCCAAACUGAGUGGCUGUUGCUUGAGUUCUGUCGUGCAUGGGGGGAACUGGGUGAUCCAGUGGCUGAGCUCCCCAAUGGCGAGUGCGAAAUCAUCUGCAUGUUGAGCUCUGGACAUGAAGCCCCGGAAGACAUGAAGUUUGUCCCGAAUCGACGCCUUGAUCACUUCAUCAACUGGAGCGGUUUGCAACCUUAUGUCGAGCCAGAUCCUGAGGGAUCCGACUAUGAGAUGAGUGAGUUGGGUCCCGAUGAUGCCGAGCCCGGAGCGGUCUCCGUUGAACCAUCGAUUGAGCCCAUACCUGAUGUUGAAGUGAUCCCUGUUGAGUCUGAGGAGGCACGCGGUGGCCGAAGCACACUUGUGUUUGAUGGUGUCGAGCUGUCGUUGCAGUCAACCUUGUUUGCCAUCCGGGCAGCUUGCAAGUCCGCUGGUGUCUCUGUCUCAGGCAGCAAAGAUGCCUCGACCGGUGUUGAGGACAAGCAUGUGAAGAUUCCCUUGAGUCCCGAUCGUGCAACCCCUGUCGUGAGCUUUGACUACUGCUACACGGGUGUGAGCAGUGAGCAGCCGAGUGGUCAUGAACGCAAGUUGACCGUCCUUGUUGCCCAUGAUACUGGAACAGGUUCGUUGCUAGGUUUGCCGGUUGCCAGCAAAGGAAAGGAGGACUUGAGGUUCACUGCCGUUGAGCUCACGAGGUUCAUCCAGAACCUAGGGCACAACUCCGUGUGUCUUCAGACAGACAACGAGCCAUCUACCCUGGCCUUGCAAGACCUCAUCGUGGGUGUGCGUACCCGUCUUGGAUUUCAGACCCUGAUCCGAAAUGCCCCAGUGGAUUCGCGUGCAAGCAAAGGACAUGUUGAGAAAGCCGUCGACUUAAUCAGAGGAUUGUCCAAUGUCCUGUUGGAUCAAGUUCGAGCCCGAUAUGACCUUGCCGCUGAAGCCAUCGGACCUGAGCAUCCGUUGAUGGCAUGGAGCUAUGUGCAUGCAAGUUACAUCCUGAACAGGUUCGGUGUGCAUGGCGGGGCAACCGCCUUCGAGCGCUGCACGGGGUACCGGUUUUCGGGUAAGUUAGCCAUGUUCGGGGAGCCCGUUUGGGGUUUUAGGCGAGGAAAGGCCAAGGGUGAUCGCAAGUGGCACCGCGCAGUGUUCUUGACCAAAACCACCAGCAAUGACAUGCGUGUCCUGAUGAGUGCACAGGGAGUGUGGACAACCCGGUCCAUUCGCCGAGGCAAAACCUGUGUUCGAGCAGAGGGGAUGCCAGCCUUGAAUCCUGUGCCAGCUUCAGUGCCCGAGAGCGCUCCAGCUUCUCGGAAGACCCUCUUGCUUGAUCGUCCUGAGCGUGUGCCACAAAGCGUGUUGCCAGAUCUUCCACGUCCAGCGAACGCAUCCCCCAUGGAUGUUGCCGGCUCUGACCCGAGCUCCUCAUCUUCAUCUUCCAGUCCAUCCUCGCCUGAAGGGUCUGCCAGACCAGCCGCCGAUGCAGAGAUGGUGAACGAUGUUGCCAAACGUGUUCAGGAGGCAGAGCAGGCGAGUGCUGAGGCGCCUGGAGGACAGGCGCACAAGUACCAGCGAGUGGCCCGGAUCGGUGCCAGCGAGUACCCGAUCAAUGACGAGCUUCUUGAGUCAGCCCCCGAAUGGGAAGAUGCUGCUGUGUAUAUGGACAUGAGCGAUGAAGUCAAUGCAGAAUGGGAUGUCCAUGCAAAAGACGAUGUGGAAGCCCUGGACAGCGAGGCAAGACUGUGGUUCGAUGAAAUUCCUGAUCUGUCCGAGCAGGAUUUGAGCGAGCUUGACUUCCUUGCGGACGGCUUUGAGGUGGAGCGGCUGAAGAGAAUGAAAGUGAUCGAAGAAGUCGCCCUAGACUUCGACACCUCAGAUCACAAAGAGCUUUCCUCCAAGUUCGUUCGCACCUGGCGGAAGAAGAAGCGCUGUGGCCGUGAGAUGUUCUUCAGAAGAAGCAGACUAGUGGCUGGGGAAUACCGGUGGUUGGAAAGGGAUAAAGAAGGUUUGUAUGCGCCUGCUACUUCCUCAAUCACCACGAAAGUGCUCCCGUGGCUUUACUGCGAGCUGAAGCGCCGAAGAGAUGAGUCCGGUGCUUGCGACUACGAAAGCCAGGUGGGAAUCCUAGCAUUGGACAUCAAGGAUGCUUUCUUGUGUGUCCCGCAAGAGAAGCCGAUGUUGGCCAAGCUUCCAGGCUUCGAAGGCACCAAGAUGCGAUUCCUGCGCAUGAUCCCUGGCCAGAGGGAUGGAACAGCAAGAUGGCAUGGGUUCAUCAUGAAGUACAUAGGCGAGAGACACAAGCUUGAAGCGUGCGCUGAAUGCCCUUCGGUGUACAAGAUUCUUGACAGCGAACAACUUCUGCCGAGCGUCGAAGAAAAUUUCGAGGUGUCAUAUGAGCUUGCAGUGAAUCCCGGUGACAUCUUCAAGUUCCUCAAGCGUGAACAUGUGUUGCUCGAAGAUGGAGUGCUUGUGAAGCCACUUGCCGACCAUGCUGUCAAGAUGUGCCAGUUGUUGGAGGUCAGGUCAGGUAGGAAGGUGCCCACGCCUAGUGUCAAGGAGUUGCUUGUGCCCGACGAUUCCAAAGUGUUGUCCACUGACAGAGCCGCCCGGUUCAGGAGUGCUGUGGGAAUCGCAAUGUACGUUUCGCAAGACAGAGCAGACAUUGCUUUCACUGUGCGUGUGCUGUCUCAACGACUGAAGAAUCCCACUGAGAAGAGCUGGGCAGCUGCGCAGAGAUUGGCCAGCUACUUGGAUUGCACGAGCAACUAUGCGAGCAAGGUUCAUGCCAGUUCUGACCGCCGAAGCAUUCUCGAGCCAACAUGCGUCAGCAGCAUGCAAUCACAUGAUGUCCUUCUUGAAGUGCAUUGCGAUGCAGAUUGGUCGGGAAACAAGCAGAACAGAAGGUCAAUGAGCAGCGGUACAUACCUACUCAACACUUGUUGCGUGCAUACGUCGUGUCGCAGCCAGCGAUGCGUCAGCUUGUCUAGCACAGAAUCCGAGUUUUACGCUUUGGUUUCCGCAGCGUGCGACGGGAUUUUCCUUAAGCGAAUUUUGGAGUUCCUACUGCAGCAGGAGGUAAUCAAAGGUGAGACAUUUGGACGGCCGUUUCCUGUGGGUGCAAGAAAAGGAACCAAGGUUCCGACAAGUGGAACCAGGCUGAAAGCCCUGCUUCGCAUGCAUGACUUUGUGGAGUGCAUAGGUGACAAUGUGGUGCCAGUGGGUGAGGACGAGCACGAUGCCCUUGUUCGAACAGUGGACAAUGGCAUGGAAACUGCACGUGUGCGCAGGCUGGUGUGCAAAACCUUGAAGACGAAUGGGUUCAGCAACAGCUUGAAUAGUGCCAUGAUGUUCAUGUUGCUCAGUCUUGUUUCCGGUGCCGAAGCAGCUACGAGAGUGAGUGUGGGAAUCCAAGCUGAGAUGAUGGGUGGUGGAAUCCGACAUGUGUGGAUCGUUGCAUUUGGGGUUUGCGUCGCAUUGCUACUCACACUUAUGAGCCUUGAGCGGCUACGGAGCCGGUGUGAUGGCUGUGAUAGCGAGAACUUCGAAGCUACAUGUGCGGUCCCUCUUGAUCCGAGCAUCACCACUACGACGACUUCGAGCAUUGAUGUGCCCGAACACGAAACUACAUGGGCCGAGUUCUUCAAGGUGAAUAUCUUGUGGAUAAUGCUCAUCAGUGGAUGCUGCAGCGAGCAAAUCAGGUUGGCAACCACUGUGCCAAACAGGGUGGUUGUCACGCCCGCUGGAAGUCCGUCACAAACGUGCAUCAUGUUGAUGUUUGAGGUUGAUGCAAACACGUUGCAGCCAAGAGGGCCAGCAGCGUAUUUGGGCGGGGUGAUCAACAUUUUCUCCCGACCGAUACUGAAGGGAGGAAAGAAAGACCUUCUUGAGGAUCAGGCCAACCAAGCCACUGCCGAAGACAAGAACAAGGGCAAGGUUUGUUACAAUUGCCAUGAAGAGGGCCAUUUUGCACGCGAUUGCCCGAAGCCGAGGCAGGAGGGUCAGUCGAAGGGUUCUGGCAAGGCCAAGGCAGCCACGGUUUUGCUUGAGCCUGAGUUGUGUGCAGCGGUUCACUUCAGCUUGCUCGAAGCAGACUCCGAUGACGAUGCUUUCUCGGAGACGUCGCUCGACUUCAGUGAAGCUGACUGGAGGGAAAUAGUUGAGCGAGAGGGUUUGGAACCUGAGUUGUCGCCACUUGAAGUUGUCGAGGGUUCGUCGCUUGAUGUCGCCAAAGGACAGCAGCAGCAUGACAUGCAUGAAGUAGCCUUCGCCGCGCCGUCUGAUGGCAAUGGUGGCGAGCACUGGCUUCUCGACUCAGGUCGUUCCAUUCCAGAAGUGUUUUGGCUUGAGUCCCCGCCCCGUAGCGAGUCCUCAUCCGCUGCCUUGUCCGCCAGCCCCGAUGUCUUCGUCUUCAGAGGGAGCCAGGGCACCGAAGUGGAGAAAGUUGCCACGGAGGGUCAGGGUUCGAAGGGCAGCACGGAGAGCAAGGGCGUCGAGGGUUCCUUGGAGACCACGGAGGGCCAGGGCGUCGAGGGUUCCUUGGAGAAAGUUGGCACGGAGAGCAAGGGUUCGAAGGGCAGCGUGGAGGGCCAGGGCGUCAAGGGUUCCUCGGAGACCACGAAUGCCGACGACGAGAUGGAGGAAGUGGUCGUGGCCGAGACAGCGGAGGACAAGCAGACGAUCUUCGACGUGCAGGCGGAGCAGAGGCGCUUGAUCGAGACCAAGAGAAUGCCCCGACCUGCUGUGAAAGUCAAGGUGAAGGCAAUGCCAAAGAGCCUCAAGGGUUCGGUCGCAGGGGCCAAGCGCGAGGUGAAGCUGAAGCCACGCCUGAGCUCGAUCCUUCUGCCAUCCUUUGUCGAAAGGGCAACCAAGGGAAUGCUCAAGGGGGUGCGGUCCAAGAAGAAGAAGAUCUCGCCGAAGAGGGCUGCCACGGAGGUGGCGUCGAGCUCCAAGCGCUACAAGGUGGCCGAGCCGGCCGAGGCCCCGACCCUCGAGAUGCUGAGGGUGGCAAUACCACGCAGAGCGGAAGAGUCCAUCGGAGUGGUAGAGAGUCAACGGCAAGGGCGAGAUGGUGAUCAGCACAGCUUCUCGGGUGGUGUCCAAGCUGGACUUACCACCACCCCCGUUGCCACCAUUGCCGCCGCCACCGAUGCCAGCACCCAUUACCCCGCGGGGUGUGCCAGAGACGCCGCCACCGCGCUUCCCAAGGGGAGCGGCAUCUUCACGAGGUUACUCACCGCCGCGGUCGCCGAGCACGAGGAGCUGGUCUGUCGUCACCGACCGGAAGAUGGACCCGGAUAUCUGAAGCCACGUCGGGACAGCAUGUGCACGGACUUUGUGCGUUGGGGUCGAUCGCUUGGAAUUGUAGGGUCGCAAGAGACUGUGAUCACCAUGCGGUCGGACGGGGAACCAGCGCUUGUGUCCGCUUUGCAGCAAUUAGCCAAGGAGCUUCCUAAUGCCAUUGUGGAGCAGGUUGCAGUGGAUCGGCGUGCUAAGCAAUGGGCGCUGAUUCUCGGCCACAUUUGGACCUGUGACAGCGUCAGGGCAGAGAUCCAGCAUGUCGUCAGUGAGCUGGGGAGACCUGUCACGGCAGGAAAAAUUGGAAGUUUGAAAGGCGACAGGAAGCAAAACUUCGGCAGCGACAUUUCUGUUGCUGGAAGAGUUUGGUCCAGGUCGAACCUGAAGUUCAAAGAGUUCAAGCUGGAGUUGAACCUGGGGUUCAACUUAGAGUUCGAAAAGUUGCAGUUGGCCAUGGACAGCCACGCCGAUGCGGAAAGUUCUCGUCCAUCAGAAGCGCAGGCAGCUGAUCAGGCUUCGCAGCGACGGAGGCGUCCAGUCACGAAGAAGAAACGGAAGGGACGGUUGGCGCGUGACCCCGGAUCUAACGUCAAUCAGCUCCAAGACGUGCAGUCAGCAGGCGCGACCUCCCAGGCGCAUGACGCUGGAUCCAACGUCAGUGAGUUCCAAAGCCCGCAGUCCGUGGGAGCGACCUCCCAGGCUUCGAUACUUGAGACCUCGUCAAAGUCUGCCAAAGAAAGGAAGAUGGCGAGGAUUGAUGACCAGGACCAGGCGAACAAGGAAACACCGGAGAAGGACGAGACGGCUUCGUCGCUGCGACACGGAAAGUUCAUUACAGAAAGAAGUGUGCAGGACUUUGUGUACAUUCCUACCAGCACGAUGGACAUUGCGGCAAAGUCGUCGGAGCUGUUUGACACAAUCCUGAGGCACUGGAACUUGCAGAGGCCCUAUCUGCUCAUCAAGUUCCAAUCCGGCUUUGCGCAUCCCAAGCAUUUGUUGGACGAAGACGAGCUGAAAAAGCUAGAGAAGAGCGAACAGAGGUCUGAACUUUACAGGUACUACGUGCACUUCAAGAACUUUGUUGAGUCCCAGGAGAAUUUGAGCGAUAUGGAAGGUGGCGAGGCAGAUGUGGACAAGAAGCAGGUGGAUCAUGAGAAGAAUAUCUGCGAGAAGACGCUUGGUCUGCUCAAUGAGUUCCUGUACAAAUCGCUGAGUAACCUCAUUGAUGUCAUUGUACGCGCCUGCGUGCGAAACCGUUGCUGGAUUCUGGUGGAAGGUGGCCCCACUGGUGGCCUUCUGUUGCUGAAGCAGGCGGCCGAGCGUUGCAACGAGCGGCCGACGAUUCUGGUGCUGGACAGCCUCAAGAAGAAGCGCUAUCCGUACACAGAAGUCCAGAAGUUCAUUGAGGGAGAUGCAGAUCUACGGAGACAGUUGCAGCAGGCUGCUGGAGAGGCGGACACGCUCGAGAAGCUAGCUCAACUAGCUCAAGAAGGGGACGUGCAAAACGAGGUCAAUAUGAUUGUCGAGAAGAUGGCGCGCAAGAAGAUGGCAUGCCAGAAUGACAAGGGCGACAAGGACAACAAGCGGUUCAGCAUCAAGUCCAAAAAGAGUGAGAACUCGAAUGAGCACAAGGACAAGCGUAAGGACAAGCAAAAGGACAAGCAUGACAACAAGCAUGACGACCAGGUGGAGUGGGAGAUCAGGGAUCAGCAGAAGGUUGAGGAAAUCAACGUGCAGAGCGCCAUCAUGACUGCGCAGGUCCUGCAAAACGCACGGCCGAUCAACCAGCCUAUUGUGAAGCCCCUGAAGCUGUCAAAGAUGAAAUUCUGGAAUGCGAAGUUGGAAGAGGAUGGUUGGGCGUGCAAGUCGCACAAGGACAAGGAAGCUCACAAAGUCCGCUGGAACAGCUGGCACUUCCGCGGAGGAACGCACUACAUUUUCACCGAGGACAACUACAAGGACUUGGUGAUGCAUUGUUUGGCGCCCAGUGGCUGCAUCUUCCUAGGGGGCGGCGAUGCCUGCAAGAAGGACCUGUUGAACAUGCUCAUCAAUGGUCAUCCAGUUGUUUGCCUCAACAACACCGGUCGACUGACACAAGAUUUUGUGAGAUGUCACAAUUACCUUUGUCAAAAACUUUUUCGACUGACGAGCGCAGAUGGAGAGGUCGGAGCCCAGACUCACUGUGAGACCACGUGCAAGCCUGGUGAUUCAGAAGCACUCAGGUAUCAGUAUUCGCUCGAGAGAUCUCAGCGAAGCUCGCUGCGCGAGGAGACGAAGCAGGACCCGAAGCAGGACCCGACCGAACGCAGUUCAAAGCAACGCCUAGGAAGUGAGGUGAUGCACAAGAGUUCGUGCUUCUACACUACUUGGGAGACUUACUUGAAGAGCUUAGGUGUAUGGUGCGGGGAUCCACACUUAAUGUACAUCGGCCAGUCGAAUGAAAUGUGCAAACCGGGAUUCAUAUCUAAUCUAGACCAGCCCACAUGCAGUAGUGGAAUUGCACGGUGCGUGCUUACGAUGUCCCACAACAUGUUUACCGACAUUUAA